AUGAAAUGUUUCAUUCAACUACAACAUUUACUGUAUCUUUCUGGUGGUGAACCUAUUUUUAGCGAUUUAUUUAUUGUCUUCAUGAAUAAAUCUGGCCAAAAGCAAAUGCAUACUGUACCAAUUAUAAAUGAAAAUAUACGAUCACAUGGAAAAUUUAUAAAUCGUUUAAUGUCAAAUGAAUUUUAUAAUUCAAAAUGGAUCCUUACACGACGAUUGUAUUUCGUCGAUUCAAUUUCAUUAGAUGCAACAAAUGAUGCACAAAAUUUGGGUAUUAUUCGUUUUUUGGAAAAAAUUGAUAUUAAAAUACAAAUUCAG